AUGAACCAAACACACGGAGGCAAUUUGGUACUUGUAAGGUCGAGGAUUGUUGACAAUACUUCCACGAACAAAGCAGCGAGAGAGAAAGUGGUUACUGUCACAAGACGUAGUAACGUUAACAAGGGCGCCAAAGACAAGAGUCUCGUCGGGACGAGAAGUACUACACUAAGUAGAGCUUUGGCAAAGAAGUCCAUAGCGGCCAAGGAGAUUAAGGAAUUCCACACAAAGCUUGUAGUCGGGAAGCUUGAUCCAAACUCGGGAAGGAAAGAUGGUUGGGAUGUUCUUGAAGAGCAUAGCAAUGAGGGUGAUUCGCCAUUCAAAUGGUGUCCAUGGCCACUCAAAACAGAGAAACGACGCCUACAUUGGGACAGACUCUGCAAAUUGCAGAAAGAAACAAACCUGGGCUUAAUUGGUAAAGGACUUGGGUCGCAAAAUAUGGGCUUGGGCCGCAGGGGAAAUGGGCCAACAAUGGUUAUAGGGCCCAUAAAGGCAAACCCUAGAAACCAGAUUGCUGGGCAAGAAGCGUUGGAGGCGCGGCGGCUACGGUGGAGGGGUACGGACCGCGUCGUUGGAGCAGACAUCUUCGAUAAAGCAAGAGUCAGGGGACGAUAUGGCGAUGGAGACAAAUCUCAAAAUAGAAAAGUUGAACGCAAGUGGAGUCGAAAGAUUCAGUCACUGUUGUCUUUGAUUCGCAAAGUGUUGGCAGAGAGUGUAGAUGGCUCAGAGGCCACUGUCUAA